UUGCGUGCAAAAUAGCCACAAGGCAAACCAGAAAGCAGCUAAGAGUAACAGAUUUUUUUUCAUCACUCCAUUUCUCUUCACCAUAUCCUCUUCUCUCUCUUUCUCUCUCUAAAAGAAAAGAGCUAUGGUUCAUCGCGCUCUCUCUCUACUCUCUUCAACGUCUCCAUCUUCAAUUCCUUCAAAUUUCAACUCCGAUUCACCUUCCCCGUCGUUUUCCUUCCGGCGAAUUCCUCGUUUUCCGAAGCUCAACGUCUUGUCGAGGCAGGUAUUGAUUGAUAAUAACAACAAUGACUCGCCGGAGCAAUUCCUGCAGAAUAAUUCGAUUGCUGAUUUUAUGAGGUUCAAAAAAGGAACCAGCUCUGAUGAUAGCGUUAGCACAGCUGAAUUGCAAACCGCCGUCGUUUCUUAUCGGAAGAAGUUCCCUUGGUCUCUUCUUCAACCUUUUCUCCAGGUUGAUUUGGUGUCGACAAUACACAUUGCUGAUAAAGAGUACUUUGCGGCCCUCCAAAAGGAACUUGAACCAUAUGAUUGCAUUCUCUAUGAGAUGGUAGCCAGCAGAGAAAGUUUAGACAGUAGAAAAAGUUCUAUUUCUAGGAAGAAACUAAAAAGUUCAAGAUCACGGGGAUUUAAUAUUAUAGGAUUCAUCCAACGGCAGAUGGCAAGAUUUCUCACCCUUGAUUUCCAACUAGAUUGUCUCGACUAUGAGGGUGAGAAUUGGUAUCAUGCGGAUCUUGAUUUUGAGACCUUCAAGUUACUCCAGAUUGAAAGAGGCGAGAGCUUCUUCACAUUUGCCAGAGAUAUGACACUUAGAUCAACAAAAGCGCUUGUGCAGCCUACAAUCCCAGAUGAUCUUGACCCUUGGAGAUCCAAACUUCUAUGGGCUUCUCGGGUGCUGCCGAUGCCUCUUGUUGGACUUCUUAUCAUUGGAGGUGUUUGUACAGAUGUGAAAAGCCAACCAUCUGAAUAUCCUGAACUAGAAGCCUUGUCUAGACUUGAUUUUGGUGCUGCAAUGAAGGUCUUCCUAGCAAAGCGACUAACAUCCGAAUUCACACAGGUCACAGCUGAUGUAGAAGCGGAAUCUGUUAUUAUCGGAGAGAGAAACAAAGCUGCAUUAGAAGCACUUCAAAGAGCUAUGAACGAGGGUCAUAAUAAGAUUGCUAUCCUUUACGGUGGUGGGCACAUGCCAGAUUUGGGACGUAGGCUACGAGAAGAGUUUGACCUUGUCCCUUCUGAAGUACAGUGGAUAACUGCCUGGUCCAUCACGAACCGCAACCUAACAACCAAUUCACUUCCUUUGUUGAAACAAAUGGCAGAAGUUUCAGGUUGGCCUCUAAAUCGAUAUCAGACUUUAGCUCUGCUAAUUUUCUCUUCUGUUCUUGCAUUGGAUCUUUGGUUUUGGGAACUCUUCUUUGGUACUACAGCUAAUUGGGUUUCUCAAGUUGCAUCAGACAUUUCUCAAUAUGUUCAUAUGCACAAUUGAAGUAAUUAAAUUUAUUAAAACAAUUGGGUCAAUGAAGCCUUGUGUACAUAUUUCUGGAUUCUAUAGUUAUAUAUAUAUAUCU